UGGUUUUCAUUUGGUUUUCAUUUGUAACUCGAAACCUAUAUUGUUGUCAUUUUGUCUGAAAGGUUGAUUGUUUUACUUUUCUGAAUUUGUGAAAUUUAUUCAAUUAAAAGUCAUGGCUUUAAUGGGCUUUGGUGAUUUCAACGAUAUGUUCGGUCAUGUUGAUAGAAUGAUGAACAACAUAAUGAGAAUUCAUGCUGAUCCAUUUGGUAUGAUGGAACCCAUGAUGCCGAUGCCUGGAUUAACCAAUAUGGCUGGUGGAUCCUUUGUUUCUUCUUCUUCUGUGGUGAUUACUAGUGAUGGGACUGGUCGACCUCAAGUCUAUCAGGCCACUAGGACAGCAAGAUAUGGCCCAGGAGGUGUUGCAGAAACCCAAGAAUCGGUUAGAGACUCUGCUUCUGGCUUACAAAAAUUGGCGAUUGGUCAUCAUAUUAAUGAUCGUGGUCAUGUUAUGGAAAAAAGUAAAAAUUGGUAUACUGGGGAAGAAGAGGAAAAAGAUGAACUAAUUAAUCUGGACGAGGAAGAGCAACAAUCCUUUGAAGAUGAGUGGAAAACUCGUAUGUACUCUCAUCAACACCGAGGAUAUAAUGGUGAUCGAGCAUUAACUUCAGGCCAAGGUUCAACUCCUUUAGCAAUUACUGCAGGACCUUCAACAUCUGGUGAGUCGAGUAGCUCACAUUAUUAUCCACAACAACAACAACAACAACAACAGCAUCAAAACCGACAUUUGCACCAAAAUCAAUACCAAAAUCUACACCAAAAUCUUCACCAGAAUCUACACCAAAAUCUUCAUCAUCAUCACCAACAGCAUCAGCAACAUCGGGCCUACAAUCAUCCUCAACAACUUCGAGGUGAAAUUAAUGCUACAAGUUCCAGAUGCGAUCCUGAUAUUGAAAUAAUUAGUGGACCAGGUCGAACCCAGAGUUACCAUCAACAACCAGUAGCUAGUUCAUCUCAGCAAUCAACAUCUCGACAUAGAGUCCCUUCUAAGCAACGAAGUAAAAAAGAUAAAAAACCUUACAAAAGGUCAAGUAACAAAAACGCUGACCAACAACAUUAGUUUCACCUGAAGAGCAAGUAAAACAAAACCAAACCAAAAUAUUUAAAUCUCUUGAUUGUAAACAAAACCUAAACGAAUUGGAAAAGGUUCUUUUUGUUGGGGUUAAUUCAAUAUUGUAUUCGAUCUACUCAUCGUCACCUUAACGGAAUUGUAAUUGUGAGACUUAUCGUUCUCAUGUGACACACAUACCGAGUUUUAAACAUGGUACAUCAUUCUACCUUAUCAAUUAUCUUCUUUCUCUUUCUAUUUGUGAUUAAAUGUUCUCUUAACGAGUUUCA